AUGUCUGUGCUUAUCACCGGUGCCAAUGGAUUUAUUGCUUCCCACAUUGUCGACGUCCUGCUAGACUCCGGCUACACUGUCAUUGGUACGGCCAGAUCUGAGUCCAAGUUCGAGCCACUUCUUGGGGAAUUCAAGAAAAAGUACCCGAAAGCCAACCUUUCGUACGAGGUUGUUCCUGACAUCACAGCUGAGGGUGCUUUUGAUGAUUUGUUGAAGAAGCACCCUGAGAUUAAAUACGUGCUUCACACUGCUUCGCCUUUCUCUUUCGGCCACGACAAGUCGUUCGAGGAAACCUACUUCAAGCCAGCUGUGGAGGGCACCAAGAACGUUCUUAAGUCGAUCAAAAAAUACGCUCCGCAAGUCACCAACGUUGUUGUCACGUCCUCCUUUGCAGCAAUCAUGAGAUUCACUCCCAACUACGUCAAGUACACCAACCAGGACUGGAACCCAAUGAAGCUCGAGGAAUGCAAAAACGAGAUGGAGGCCUACUGUGCCUCCAAGACCCAUGCCGAGAAGGCUGCUUGGGAUUUUGUCAAAAACGAAAAGCCAAAUUUCAAGCUCACAACCGUCUGUCCACCAUAUGUCUUUGGUCCGCAGGUUUUCGACUCCGCAGUCUCCAAGACUCUGAACACAUCCAAUGAGCUGAUCAACCAGGUCGUUAAAACACCUCCAACCGACGAGCUGGUCAGUCAGCCAUUUGGUCUGGGGGUUGACGUCAGAGAUGUGGCCAAGUUCCACCAGCUUGCAUUUGAGAAGGAGGCAGCUGUUGGAACUCGGCUGUUCAUCGUUUCUGGCAACUUCACUGGACAGACCAUCCUCAACGUCCUCAACAAGCAUUUCCCAGAGGAAAAGCUUGCUGUGGGUGCUCCAGACAAGGACAACGCCACAGGACUGGUCGGCUACGGUAUUGAGAAUGUUCUCGAGUCUGUCGGCGGUUACGAAUUCAUCCCAUUAGAGAGAUCGAUCGUUGACGCAGCAUCGCAAUACCUGAAGAAGUUUGGAAGCUUUAAACAGGCAGAGUAG